UUAGGAUCUGAGAGCAAUUUUCAUUUAAAAGAAGAUCAUUGUUUUCAUUACCCUAUCAUUAAUGUUUUCUAUUUUCCUUUAUCAGGGAGUUAGUUUGAAGUGAUUUGUGUUGCCAAACCGAAAGCUUGUUUUCCUGCAAGAUGAAAGGAGACAGCCAUGAAUGAGCCACUGGACAGUUUUGCAAAUGCUUCUUCCGACUUCCCCGAUUUUGCAGCGCCUUUUGGAAAUUGCACUGAUGAAAAAAUCCCACUCAAGAGGCACUACCUCCCUGUAACAUAUAGCAUCAUCUUCCUGGUGGGCUUUCCAGGGAACGCAGUAGCAAUUUCCACUUACAUUUUCAAAAUGCGGCCGUGGAAAGGCAGCACCAUCAUUAUGCUGAACCUGGCCUGCACAGACCUGCUGUAUCUAACCAGCUUCCCUUUCCUGAUUCACUACUAUGCCAGCGGUGAAAACUGGAUCUUUGGGGAUUUCAUGUGCAAGUUCAUCCGCUUCGGCUUCCAUUUCAACCUGUACAGCAGCAUCCUCUUCCUCACCUGUUACAGCAUCUUCCGGUACUUCGUGAUCAUUCACCCCAUGAGCUGCUUUUCCUUUCACAAGACUCGAUGGGCCGUGGUGGCCUGUGCUGUGGUGUGGAUCAUUUCACUGGUGGCCGUCAUUCCCAUGACCUUCCUGAUCACAUCAACCACCAGGCCCAAUAGAUCGGCCUGCCUUGACCUCACCAGUUCGGAUGACCUCGCCACUAUCAAAUGGUACAAUCUAGUUUUGACUGCAACUACUUUCUGCCUUCCCCUGGUGAUAGUGACACUGUGCUAUACAAUGAUUAUCUGCACCCUAACCCAAGGACCUCAGAAUCACAGCUGCCUUAAGCAGAAAGCUAGAAGGCUAACCAUUCUGCUACUCCUCGUGUUUUACAUAUGUUUUUUACCCUUCCACAUCUUGAGGGUCAUUCGGAUCGAAUCUCGACUGCUUUCAAUCAGCUGCCCCAUCGAGAAUCAGAUCCAUGAAGCGUACAUCGUUUCUAGGCCGUUAGCCGCCCUGAACACCUUCGGUAACCUGUUACUGUAUGUGGUGGUCAGUGACAACUUCCAGCAGGCCCUCUGCUCGAUGGUGAGAUGCAAAGCCAGUGGGGACCUGGAACAAGCAAAAAAAGUCAGUUACUCAAACAACCCUUGACAUACCUCAUUUAGCCAACCAAGAAGAAAAGCCUGCUGACAUUUUAACUUCUAAGUCCAGAACGGCUCCGUCAGUGGCUCUCAGGAAAUAUUGUAUGUUCAGCUAAUCACGUGCUAAAGCCAGGACGGGGCUACCGGGAGUUCUUGGUAACCCAUUAAUUGAGAUCUUCCCUAGGGUAGAGGUAAGAAUGGGAUACGUGCAUAUCAGCAGAAGAUUCACAUGUAGAAUCCAAACUAUUACAAAUCAGGGACAUCUUGCAAAACAUCUAGUCUUGGGGCACCUGCAUGGCUCAGUUGGUUAAGCCUCCAAAUCUUGAUUUCGAUUCAGGUCAUGAUCUUGAAGUUCAUGAGUUCGAGCCCCUCACUGGGGCCUGCACUGGCACUGAGGAGCCUGCUUGGGAUUCUCUCUCACCCUUUCUCUGUCUGUCCUCCUCAGCUCUCACUUUCUCUCUCUCUCCUCUCUCUCAAAGCAAAAAAAUAGAUAAACUUAAAAAAAA